UUUAGUACGCCAUUUCGUGCGCGACGUGGUCAGUUGCGUCUAGUUUUAAAGCGUAUAAAUUAACUAUUUCGUCUAAAUGAGCAUUCAGUGAUUCCCAAACACACACACAUGCAUAUACGACAGUGUUAGUGCAUACAGUUCAAAGUUCGUAGAGUAUACGCGUAAUUCAUAGAAAAACGUAUAAACAAUGUCCACCAACGAUGUGCGAAAGAGAAAGCUGGCCAGCGAUGACAAACCGUCGCAGGGAGGCGGCAAUCGACGCUCCAACGGCAAUGGAAAUGGACGUGGCGGUGUGACCAGCGGCUUAAAAUUAUCAUUUUUAUGUUUGAUCAUAUCUGUGGUGCUGCUGCUCUUUGUCUUUGGCUUCGUCUCGGACAAUGCGAGUCCUUAUCUAGCGCGUCUUGCCUCCAAGCUGGGCUACAGCAAGGUGCAAUAUGCGGCCAUCAUUGAUGCCGGCUCCACGGGUAGUCGUGUCUUGGCCUACAAGUUCAAUCGCAGCUUCAUUGACAACAAACUGGUGCUAUACGAGGAACUGUUCCGUGAACGCAAACCUGGUCUCAGUUCGUUUGCCGACAAUCCCGCGGAUGGAGCGCAUUCGAUUAAGCUGCUGUUGGACGAGGCACGCGCCUUCAUACCAAAAGAGCAUUGGUCAUCGACGCCGCUGGUAUUGAAAGCCACAGCUGGAUUGCGGUUGCUGCCCCAGAGCAAGGCUGAGAAUCUGCUGAAUGCUGUGCGUGAUUUGUUUGCCAAGUCGGAGUUCAGUGUGGACAUCGAUGCUGUGGAGAUUAUGGAUGGCACCGACGAGGGCAUCUUCAGUUGGUUCACCGUCAACUUCCUCUUGGGUCGUCUGUCCAAAACGAAUCAGGCUGCUGCCUUGGAUUUGGGUGGCGGCAGUACGCAGGUCACCUUCUCGCCCACAGAUCCGGAGCAGGUGCCCGUUUAUGACAAGUAUAUGCAUGAGGUGGUCACCUCCAGCAAAAAGAUCAAUGUGUUCACACACAGCUAUUUGGGUCUUGGCCUGAUGGCCGCUCGUCACGCCGUCUUUACCAAGGGCUACAGUGCGGAGGACACUGUGGUGGAGAGCGUCUGUGUGAAUCCCAUUAUUGCCAAUCGUACGUGGACUUAUGGCAAUGUGAAGUAUCAAGUCAGUGGCAAAGAGAAUGCCAAAUCAUCGGCUGAACAGCCUGUUGUCGAUUUUGAUUCCUGCCUGGAGCUGGUGAAGAGCAAAGUUAUGCCCCUGGUGAAGCCGAAACCAUUUACGCUUAAGCAACACGCUGUCGCCGCAUUUAGUUAUUACUUUGAACGUGCCAUCGAAUCGGGUUUGGUGGAUCCGACAGCUGGUGGCGAGACCACCGUGGAGGCGUAUCGCAAGAAGGCUCAGGAGAUCUGUGCCAUACCCAACGAUGAGCAGCCAUUCAUGUGCUUCGACUUGACGUUCAUCUCGGUGCUGUUGCGCGAAGGAUUUGGCCUUAAUGACAACAAGAAAAUUAAGCUUUACAAGAAGAUCGAUGGUCAUGAAAUCUCGUGGGCUUUGGGCUGUGCCUACAACGUGCUGACCAGCGAUGAGAAAUUCAAUAAUUCCUAGUGCUUCGUUUAAAUAGACUGUAGACGAAAAUCAUAGCUGAAAUUGUUUCUAGAGUGC